AUGGCCACGUGGGCACCCCCGUGUCGGCCCCAGUCCCGCUUCGGCUCCGGGAGUGACCCAGGAAGAGGACCCCGGCAACAAGGGCACCCGGCAAUAGCCGAGUCCCUCCCAAUGGCUCAUGGACUUCCGCAAAGGCCUGUCCGGCACCCGUUCAGUUGGGAACUGAGUGAAAUACCAUUCAUAACUUUGAAAACAUAUGGACAUGAGAAGCAAUACUAUCAGAGUCAUCCAAUGAGUCAAGACUCUUCAGGAACAGAUGAAAUAUUUGGUUAUCGGACUCAAGGCUGCCGUCAAGCUCUCUGCCUGGCUGGAUCCAUCUUCUCAUUCGGAAUCCUCUCCCUGGUGUUUUAUUGGAGACCGGCUUGGCAUGUAUGGGCCAAUUGUGUCCCAUGUUCCUUGCAGGAAGCAGAUGUGGUGUUGCUGAGAACCACAGAUGAAUUCCAAACUUACUCUAGGAAAAAGGUAUUAUGGAUCUACCUGUCACCAUUAAGCAGCACAUUUGGUCUCACUCCUGACCACCCUCUCAUUACAGAUGAGGAGUUCAUCAUAAAUAGAGCCAUCAGAAAGCCAGAUCUUAAGGUGAGAUGCAUAAAAGUCCAGAAAAUAAGAUAUGUUUGGAAUAAUUUAGAAGGAGAGUUCCAAAAAAUUGGCUCUUUGGAAGACUGGCUCAGUUCUACAAAGAUACAUCUAAAAUUUGGAUCAGGUCUGACAACAGAAGAACAAGAGAUUAGGAGGCUCAUAUGUGGGCCUAAUACUAUUGAUGUUGAAAUCACACCUAUCUGGAAACUGCUCAUCAAGGAGGUUUUAAAUCCAUUUUAUAUAUUUCAACUCUUCAGUGUCUGUUUGUGGUUCAGUGAAGACUACAAAGAAUAUGCUUUUGCCAUCAUAAUCAUGUCCAUCAUUUCCAUUGCUCUGACUGUGUAUGACCUGAGAGAGCAAUCUGUAAAACUCCAUCGUCUAGUUGAAUCACACAAUAGAAUUACAGUCCCUGUAUGUGGAAGAAAAGCUGGAAUCCAAGAGCUGGAAUCACGCUUCCUGGUACCUGGAGAUUUAUUAAUCUUGACAGGGAACAAAGUACAUAUGCCGUGUGAUGCGAUCCUGAUUGAUGGCAGCUGUGUGGUUGAUGAAGGCAUGCUGACAGGAGAAAGCAUUCCGGUCACGAAAACUCCAUUACCCCAGAUGGACAGCUCUGUACCCUGGAAGACGCAGAGUGAAGCAGACUACAAACGCCACAUCCUCUUCUGUGGAACAGAGGUCAUCCAGGCCAAGGCCACUGGCUCGGGGCCUGCAAGAGCAGUGGUGCUGCAGACUGGAUUCAACACUGCAAAGGGGGACCUGGUGAGAUCCAUUCUUUACCCCAAGCCAAUGAAUUUCCAGCUCUACAGAGAUGCCAUCAGGUUCCUCCUGUGCCUUGUAGGGAUGGCCACCAUUGGCAUGAUCUACACUCUGUGCGUCUACGUGCUCAGCGGGGAAGCUCCCGAGGAGGUGAUAAAGAAAGCCCUUGAUGUUAUCACAAUUGCAGUCCCCCCUGCCCUACCAGCUGCCUUGACCACAGGCAUUAUCUAUGCCCAGAGGAGGCUGAAGAAGAGAGGCAUCUUCUGCAUUAGCCCCCAGAGGAUCAAUAUAUGUGGACAAUUAAACCUUGUCUGCUUUGACAAGACAGGAACCUUAACGAGGGAUGGCUUGGACCUCUGGGGAGCUUUGCCCUGUGAUAAGAAUGGUUUCCAGCAAAUCCACAGCUUUGCCUCAGGCAAGACUUUGCCCUGGAGCCCACUGUGUGCAGCUAUGGCCAGCUGCCACUCUCUGAUUAUUCUUGAUGGGACCAUCCAGGGAGACCCUCUGGACCUCAAAAUGUUUGAAGCCACCACCUGGGAAAUGGCAAUUUCUGGGGAUGAUUUCCACAUCAAGGGAGUGCCAGCCCAUGCCCUGGUAGUUAAGCCCUGCAAAACAGCCAACCAGGUCUCUGUGGAAGGAAUUGCAAUCCUGCACCAGUUCCCAUUCUCAUCAGCCUUGCAGAGGAUGACAGUCAUUGUCCAGGAGAUAGGAGGGGACCGACUGGUAUUCAUGAAAGGUGCACCAGAGAGAGUGGCUAGCUUUUGCCAACCUGAGACAGUGCCACCUAGUUUUAUUAGUGAACUUCAGAUUUAUACAACACAGGGUUUCCGGGUCAUAGCAUUAGCCUACAAGAAGCUGGAAUCUGACCACCAUACAAUUGCUUUGAAAAGGGAGAAGGUAGAAUCGGACCUAAUAUUUCUGGGGCUACUUAUCUUGGAGAAUCGAUUAAAGGAAGAGACAAAACCUGUCUUGGAAGAGCUCAUCUCCGCUCGGAUAAAAACAGUAAUGGUCACAGGUGACAAUCUUCAGACAGCAAUAACGGUGGCCAGAAAGUCUGGCAUGGUUUCUGAAAGCCAGAAAGUCAUUCUCAUUGAGGCAAAUGAAACAUCUGGGCCUUCCUCACCAUCUAUAUCUUGGAAAUUAGUUGAAGAAAAGAAACCUAUUCCACAUGGGAAUCAGGACAAUUACAUUAAUAUCAGGGAAGAAGUCUCUGAUAAUGGCAGAGAAGGAAGUUAUCAUUUUGCCCUCAGUGGAAAAUCCUUUCAUGUUAUAAGUCACCAUUUCAGCAGCCUACUGCCAAAGAUACUGAUCAAUGGGACCAUCUUUGCAAGAAUGUCUCCUGGACAGAAAUCCAGUCUGGUGGAAGAAUUUCAGAAGCUUGAUUACUUUGUAGGCAUGUGUGGUGAUGGAGCCAAUGACUGUGGGGCUUUGAAAAUGGCUCAUGUGGGCAUCUCUCUAUCUGAGCAGGAGGCAUCUGUGGCCUCACCUUUCACUUCCAAAACUCCAAACAUUGAGUGUGUGCCUCACCUUAUCAAGGAAGGACGUGCGGCUCUCGUCACAUCAUUUUGCAUGUUUAAGUAUAUGGCUCUAUACAGCAUGAUUCAGUAUGUCGGUGUGUUGCUGCUCUACUGGGAGACCAACAGCCUUUCAAAUUACCAGUUUCUGUUUCAAGAUCUGGCCAUCACAACUCUCAUUGGUGUAACAAUGAAUCUGAACGGUGCCUACCCCAAGCUGGUGCCUUUCCGACCUGCAGGACGGCUCAUCUCUCCACCUUUGCUGCUUUCCGUCACCUUCAACAUUCUUUUCAGCCUGGUCAUGCAUAUUGUGGGCUUCGUCCUGGUUCGGAGGCAGCCUUGGUAUUCCAUGGAGGUGCACAGUGUUUGCACAGUGAAAAAUGAAAGCACUGCAAAUGUUACCAUUUCUCCAAUGGCUUUAGAAAAAACUGGAAGCAAUGGUGCCUUCAUAAGUUUUGAGAACACAACUAUAUGGUUCUUGGGAACAAUCAACUGCAUCAUUGUGGCUUUUACAUUCUCUAAGGGAAAACCAUUUCGUCAACCCACCUAUACAAACUAUACAUUUGUCCUUGUGCUGGUUGUCCAGCUCAGCGUGUGUCUCUUCAUUUUAUUUGCCGAUAUCCCAGCAUUGUACAGGAGUUUAGACCUGCUCUGUACCCCCAUCCUGUGGAGGGUCUCCAUGCUCAUCUUGCUCAUCUGCUAUUUCAUCGUGUCCUUUGUUGCAGAGGAAGCCAUUAUUGAAAAUCGAACUUUGUGGAUGGCAAUCAAGAGAUGUUUUGGCCAUCAGUCAAAAAGCCAGUAUCGGAUAUGGCAGAGGACCUUGGCAAAUGACCACAACUGGCCCCCAAUAAACCAAACCUCCUACUCUGACAUGCCUGGUUGUGGCAGGGCAGUGUCCUAUAGCAAUCCUGUGUUUGAGAGCAAUGAGGAACAGCUUUGA